GCGAGAAUACCAUGUGGAGAGAACGUAGUCCAUUUUAAAGCUGAUUAUUUCAACUUUAGCGGUUUGAAACAUUUAGCUGAGGCAGUUUAUUUAACCAGUAUGGUUAGCUUGUAUAUACUUUAGCAACUUUUUUCGUGUUUUUGUGGUGAAACCAUUUAGUCGGCUUCAAGUUAAAUCAUGGGGAAAUCAAAGACUAAAAACCAGAAGAAAUCCCGAGCCCAAGCCAUCCACGUGGCUGAGAAUGCCUACAGGUCUGUGCCCCACUCCUUCGUGUUUCAUCGAGGUCAGGUUGGGAAAAACGUGGGUCAACUCGUCCAGGACAUGAGGAAAGUCAUGCAGCCUUACACUGCAGAGUCUCUGAAGGUACGGAAAAAAAAUCUCCUUAAGGAUUUUGUGUCGGUAGCAGGACCCCUGGGGGUGACCCACUUCAUUAUCUUUGGCAAAACUCCCAACAGCAUCAACAUGAGACUCGCUCGACUUCCCAAAGGCCCCACACUUUAUUUUAAGGUCCUUAAGUAUUCCCUGAUCAAAGAUGUGGUUUCAUCUUUGAAGAAGCACAGAAUGCAUGAGCAGCAGUUCACCCACCAUCCACUUCUCAUCCUCAGCAACUUUGGAGUGGAUGGCAUGCACGUGAAACUCAUGGCAACCAUGUUCCAGAACAUGUUCCCCUCCAUAAACGUCCAAACGGUUAACCUCAACAGCAUCAAGAGGUGUGUACUGUUCAGUUUUGACCCAGCAUCCCAGGAAAUUCAGUUUCGGCACUAUAGUCUUAAGGUCGUCCCUGUGGGGAUGAGCCGAGGUAUAAAGAAGCUAAUGCAGGAAAAGUUCCCCAAUAUGAGCAAGUUUGAGGAUAUCGCUGAACUGCUGGUGAAGGGAGCAAACUUGUCUGAAAGUGAAGCUGAGCAGGAUGGCGAGCACAACAUAACGGAGCUGCCGCAGAUGUAUUCCGGAAGAGGCAACAUGCCGUCCCAACAGAGCGCUGUCCGUUUGACCGAAAUUGGUCCUCGAAUGACACUGCAGCUGGUGAAGAUCCAGGAAGGGAUGGGAGACGGGAACAUUCUUUAUCACUCCAUGAUUUCCAAGACAGAGGAAGAAAUACAAGAGAUCCUGAAGAGGAAGGAGGCGAAGAUGAAGGAAAAGGAGGAACGGAGGAAAACACAGGAGCAAAACGUGGCAAAGAAGAAAGAGAAACGAGAAGAGAAUAAGAAAAAGAGUCUGGAAGGCAUAAAGAAGAAACGAGCUGAAGCCGAGGAGGACAGUGAGGUGGAAGAUCCAGGGAUGCAGGACGAUCGACCAGCCGCUGUUGAAUCUGAUGAUGAUGUGGAGUACUACAGACAGGCUGUGGGACAAGAACCAGACGAAGAUAUGUUUCCGGGGGCCAAGAAGAGGCGGCGUCCAGAGAAGUCUCAUGACCGCGCCAAGAAGAGAAAGCUGUCCCCUGGAAAAUCCUCAAAACAACCAGAUUCUAAAUCACCAAAAAGAAAAGGUGCAGUUGGGCAGCACAGAGACAAAACAGGAAAAGCUCCUCAUGGAAAAGGAUGGAAGAAAUCUAAAGAUGAGGAGAAAGCAUUUGGGAAGAAGAAGCGGCCUCCAGGAAAAGCAUUUGGCUCUAAGAAAUCUGGAGAGAGGGAAAAUAAAUUUCCACGCAAAAACUUUGAUGGAAAGAAAAACAAGGACAAAACAUUUCAGACAAAAGGUCACAAAGGUAAGACUGCCCUCAAGAAGAAAGGUGCAGGUGGAAAGCAAGGCUUCACACGGACGAAAGGAAAGCGCUAAACUUUGCUUUUGUUUCCUCUUCUUUUGGACUCGGAUGUAGUUCCUUCCAAAGGCAGCAGAAGGCAGCAAAUGUAUUUGCUCUUACUGCUUCAGUCUGAGGAAAUAUUUGAAUUUGUUAUUCAAAUGAACAAACUGUAAAAAAAAAAUAUAUCAGUUUAUAGUUGUUGACUUCAGAACAAAAAUAAAACAUUUUUUGAUUAA